AUGGGGGAAGAAAACGUCACUUUUGUGAAAGAGUUUAUAUUGGUGGGAUUCUCCAGUGAUCGAAGGACACAGAUUCUUCUCUUUGUGGUAGUCCUCAUCAUAUACUCCCUGACCAUUGUGGGGAACCUGUUGAUCAUCAUGCUUGUGUGGGUUGAGUCUUCACUUCACAUACCAAUGUACUUCUUCUUGAGCAACUUAGCAGGCCUAGAGAUCUGCUAUGUCACCACCACCUUGCCUCAAACGAUGGCAAGCCUCGUGUCUGGCAAUGGAGCCAUCUCCUUCACCCGUUGUAUGGCACAGAUGUACAUCACACUGUCCCUUGGAUCCUGUGAAUGCCUUCUUCUAGGUGUAAUGGCCUAUGAUCGCUACCUAGCUAUCUGUCAUCCUCUAAUAUAUACUAGUGUCAUGGGCUGGUGGCGACAAUUUCUGCUUGCCUCAGUCACUUGGGUUGGUGGCUUCCUCCUUGGUUCUCUAAUGGUUGGCAGUGCCACUUCUCUCUACUUCUGUGGCCUGAACCGUAUUGACCACUUCAUCUGUGAGAUGGCAAUGGUGAUUAAACUUUCAUGCACUGACACCUACAUUACAGAGGCCGCCAUCUUUUUGGCAGCUUCACUUGGGGUCCUACUUCCUCUUUCAAUUAUCAUGACCUCCUAUGGGUUUGUUAUCUCCUCAGUAUUGAAAAUGAGGUCAACUGCUGGAUGGCGCAAGGCCUUCUCCACGUGUGGCUCCCAUCUGAUUGUGGUCACCUUGUUCUAUGGCACUGUCAUCUCUAUGUACUUGAUUCCCCGGUCGGGUUCAACUUCUGAUCGUGACAAGAAAAUUGCCAUUUUCUACCUUGUAGUCACCCCUUUACUCAACCCUAUCAUUUAUACUCUUCGGAACAAGGAUAUCCAUGAUGCAAUAGCCAAGGUGUUGCAAAGACUGGACAUUAAGCAAAAGAGUUGA